UUUUGGUGGAAGUGAGAGCCGGGCCUGGCUAUGUGGUGCAGUGUGUGUGGUAGGACCGAUCAAACCACAGCCUCCGGGAGCAGAGCCAGCCAUCUGUCUGGCAGACGAUUUGGGAUUUGAGAGUUGCGGGUUCGGAUGGGAGGUGACAGCUGGGCUCAGUGCUAACGUUAAAGGAGAGGCAGACACCCAGGGCAUUUGGGAAGCAGGACUGACGGGACUUGGCAGGUGGCCACAGGAGAAUUGGGAGCAGGGGAGGACGCAACGAUGGCACCAAGUAGGCUUGGCUGACUACAGGAGACUAAUGAUGUGCAACACUGGUGCUACCCUGUCCCCUCUUGCCGGACGGUCUUCGGUUACCUCCAUGUGUCUGUCUAGAACCCCCACCUAGCUCCCAACAGCCCUGUGGAGUACCACAGCCUUCACAAACAAGCGCGCCUCCAGCUUGCCACCACCACUGUAGUCAAGGUGGUUGCCACAGCAGUUGACAUCAGUGCUCUGGUCCCCAGGGAACCUGUCACCCUCCAGCCAACCUACAGCACAGCAUUACCACUUAGGAGGCAGUUGGGCUUACACUCAUGUGCAUCUCCUGCUCUGAGAACUGGGUGGGGCCAGAGAGGGUCAGUGGCGACAAGGAGAGGCUGGAAAGGGAGGCGGGCCUUCAGGUGGCCUCUUCUCUUGGCAUCUGAGGAUCCAGCCCAUUUGCUUCCUUGACGCUGGCGGGAGCGGUGACAGUGGCAACAAGCUGUAGCACUUAGGCCAUGGCAGAGGACGGGCCACAGAAGCAGCAGCUGGAUAUGCCGCUGGUCCUAGACCAAGACCUGACCAAGCAGAUGCGGCUGCGUGUUGAGAGCCUGAAGCAGCGCGGGGAGAAGAGGCAGGACGGUGAGAAGCUGCUCCGGCCGGCUGAGUCCGUCUACCGCCUUGACUUCAUCCAGCAACAGAAGCUGCAGUUUGACCGCUGGAAUGUCGUCCUGGACAAACCGGGUAAGGUCACCAUCACGGGCACUUCGCAGAACUGGACGCCUGACCUCACCAACCUCAUGACACGCCAGCUGCUGGACCCCGCUGCCAUCUUCUGGCGCAAGGAAGAUUCCGAUGCCAUGGAUUGGAAUGAGGCGGAUGCCCUGGAGUUUGGGGAGCGCCUGUCUGACCUGGCCAAGAUCCGCAAGGUCAUGUAUUUCCUUAUCACCUUUGGCGAGGGCGUGGAGCCUGCCAACCUAAAGGCCUCGGUGGUGUUUAACCAGCUCUGAUGACAGCCCUGGCUGCCGCCCUGCCUCUGGCCCACAGCUCUCCCCUGCCUGGACCUCCUUCUUCCUGUGUAUUUUGGGGACAUUCUUCUAGCUGCUCCUUCUGUGCUCAUUUUGGCCAGAGGCUCCCCGAGUACCCCUCUUUUUCCCUGGUGCCAAUGCGACGGCUCACAGGGAUCUCCCAUGGCUCUGUAGUCUAGAAGCUGGACACCGCUACUAUAGACAAUAGAGGCCACAUCGGGCCACGUGGGCAAAUGGAUGGGCCACUCGGACACCUGCCAUCUCUGCUUUAUUGUGGUGGAGAGAGAGGGAGACUAAGAGAGCAAGAGACUGACCAAGAGAUCCAAACAGCCAGCCACUGAUU